CGAUCAUCAAACCCUCCAACAAUCCUACACCUACACUUUCCACCCAUCACCAACCUAGACCUCAACUCCUCCUCCUCACCAAACCACCACAACCACUACCACCAAAAAACAACCCCUCCCGAAAAUGUCCGAACCCAUCCCCGAAUCGAUCCCCACAAGCGCCGACCCGCGCAGCAAACGGCCCCUCAAGCGACGCGCCCUGAACACCCCGCAAACCGCACAAUCCGAACAAGCCUCGCAGAUCGAGACGCUGAUGCGGGACCCGACGCGCGAGAUCCAUCUGCCCACCCAACGACCCCCGCGCACGGCGGGGUCGCUGCCGCCGCCACCGGAGAUCGUCGCCAACGUGCAGGGGUCGUCGGCCGGCGCGGGCUCCGGCGAGUUCCACGUCUACAAGGCCAGCCGGCGGCGCGAGUACGAGCGGAUCCGGCUGAUGCAGAACGAGGUGAUCCAGGAGCAGGAGGACGAGGCGUGGGCGCGGAAGCAGGCCGACACCAAGCGGCGGGACGAGGAGCGGACGGAGAAGAAUCGGCGGCGGAGGGAGAAGAAGAAGCGCGCUAAUGCGAGGAAGGAAACCACUCAUCAGGCCGGUGGUGGGGAGGGGAAGGAUGGAGCUGCUGGGGAUCGGAUGGUGGUUGAUCGGGCGGAUGAGACGGCGGCGGCUGGGGGUGGUAUCGUUGCUGGGGCGGAGGGUGGCAAUGGCAAUGGCAAUGGCGAGGCUGGUGGGGAGGUGCAGGGGAUCAUUAUCCAUGAUGAUUGAAUUGCAUUGGAUUAGAUUGGGGGGCAGGUAAUGGCUGGAAAGUGCUAUGGCCACCAUUGCACAACAUGUGGAAAAAGACGCGGUAGGAUUACAAUGUACGAUAUGAAGAUACCCAUUAGUUUGAAAGUCUAGGAUGUUCUUACAGAAUGUCCGUUACCG